CAUUUCAACUCCACUCUCUCCUAGGCAACAGUCGAUUCGACUGAUGAGCACAGAGUGUGGAUUUUCGCUGUAUGCCGAACAUCUCGGCGGAAAGCUUGGAGGAGCUCGAUCUCCCAUUUGCGAUCUGCUCUACGAACGGGCAAGGCCUGCUUGGCAGAAGCUCACAGCACACGAAAAGCAGAUCUGGAUCAAUCGUGCCAUGGAAUUAGCGCGGUUGGAUCCGCGAAGGCGAUGCUUCGAAAUACAAACGAACACAGCAGCUCGGAAUAGGCAGUACACGCCACGCCGACGUCGACGGGCGGAGCAACGCUCAGAAGAUUUCCGACGCCUCCCUUUCAUUCCUGACGAUGAAGUCGAAGAGGACGAGUUCUUUUCCGUUGGGGAGCCUGUCAUCACUGCGGCAGACGGGGACGUUUACCUCGAUCAGUUCUUCACGUCAAAGUUUGAAAGCGAUCGUGCGAUGGUGCGCGAAGCCAUUCUUAAUCAGACCGAUGGAUGUGUUGAGAAAAUCAAAGAACUGAGGUUUCUUCUCGCUGCUGUUCAAACAUUUGGUAAUGUUGAUGGAAUGUGCCCAAUGGCGGAGUAUGCAAUGAAUGAGUUCAACUUGAGGGAUGGAGUUGUGGACAGGUUUACCACUGUAGUGGGACCGUGGCAAAUUUCUAAUGACAUUCAAAGAAGUAGAGCAGAAUUUCAUUCAAAUGAGACACAUCGGAUUCCACUGAAUGUUAAUGCAACACAAAUGGAUAAGAGACAAUUGGUAAUGGAAAUUUUGGGAAGAUGUGAACCAGACAUUGCUCGCAAGCAAGGGAUACGCGUAGGUCUUUAUACAGACGAGGCUGAGGACUUGGACGAUCGCUUCAAUCGCCUUUACGUCGGAGACAAAAAUCCGUAUUGGUUAGCCAAUGAAGACGGACGUCGUUGGAUAAUCUGUCUGAAACAGGAGUACCGUAAUAUGCUAGCAGCCAAUCAGCAUCUUGCACGCUGUCUCGGGUUAGAUUAUGCGGGAUUUCCCACUGCUGAUGACAGAUACGUCCUUGCCGACGCCUUCCUGGCGGGUCUGGCAGACUGUCUUCAAGGAGAAGCAGUUGCGGAAGCAAAUGGAUGGCUAGCUGCACUUGGGAAACACCUUCCUGAAGAAUUCGCGACUCCAUGGGAACGAAGCGGUGAACUUUUUUGUGCUCGACACAGACCAGAACGAAAUUCAUGCUGUGCUACCGUGACCGCAUCAAGGGCCACAUUCAUUAUCUUAUACGCCGUAGAGCAAUUGCUCAAGUAGAAGAGAAUUGUUUAAUGUCUAAUCAAGCAGAUCAAUCCAAUCAUCUCUCAAACAGCACAGAUAUCCGACUUCGGGUUUAAUCGGAAUCGACAAUAAACGAU